CACUUAAAGUAGGGAGGGAGGAUUAAUUUGGGAUUCAGCCUCUACAGUCGAUACAACUUCUGGACCAUGAAGAAAGGCUUGCCUUGGCGAGGUUAUGAGCGGUUAUUAUGACUAGAAAUCGGAAGAGGACAGAUCACCUAUGAGUAUGAUGAUCAAAGAUAUUUUUAUGGCUUUGUGAAUUGUAAAAACAGGAAGAUAAAGUCGCAGAGUUCUUGCAGCUAGCUAACGGCUUCAGUUAGCAUCCACACUUCCUUAAUGCAAUGAGAGAUUAAGAGCUAGCAGCCUUGAACUUGUGAGUGAAAUGUGAGUAUAUAACGUUAUAACAGGAAUUAUUAAACACCAUAAAUUGCAAACGCUUCCUUUAGUUAUCAAAGUUAAUAUAGUUGUUUGAAUUAUACAUUGUUUUAGCUGUGUUUAAAGCAGCUACGUUAGACUAUGCGGAACUUGAGCUAAGAACGAGAAAGUGAUUUCCAUAGCAACGAGCUAAUUAAAAAAAACCGCACGUACAUUAGCAUUGCUGCUAGCUUAUUUUAAAUUUAUUGUUGGUUUUAUUUUUAAAUUAAUAUCUACACGUUGCAUAAAUACACCGCAUUUUUUUGAGAAAUGUUAGCUUUAAUCAUUUGCUAAGUGAAUUACUUAUUCUUAUUCUCAGUUUACUUUUUUUAGGUCCUGUUAAUAAUUCCUAGCUAAUCUUUGCUAACUAGUCUGGUAAACUAGCUUUUUUUUUUUUUUUUUUUUACCAUUUUAAAAUACCUCAGGUGGAAUAAUUCCUAAAGGCUAUUGUAUUUGGUUAUUAAUUUCCUAGCUAAUUAUUAUUUCCUAGCCAAACUUUGGGAACUAGUUGAGUUUUUUUGUUUUUUUUUUGUUUCUGAAAAUAUUUUCUUUUCAAUGCUUUGUGAAGUCCCUCACUUAAAUACCUCAGCAGAAAGAAUACCUACAGGAUAAAAUAUUUCAUAAUCUUUUCCCCUUUAGUUAUUUAUAUCGUUGUGGGAACGUUGUAUUUUGGUUAGAGCACGCUCAAAUAGGAGAUUUUUAAACUGUGCGAACUUUAAAAUACCAAAAAAGGUUUGAUCUGAGACUAAUCUCCCCUCAGAACCAUAAACGUUCUGGAAACCAGUCCCUGUUAACUUGGUAACUAAGUUAUAUAACUAAGAUAGAUAAAGAUAACUAGGUUAUUAGGUAACACUAUACACUUGUGUUUCUCUGAAUGAAAUAUUCUUCUUGAACAUAAAAAAAAAGAAAAGUACUAGUUUGCAGUACUGACUACAAACUUGAAUGUGUAAAAAGUUUUACAGUUAUCUACUAGUUUGCUGAAAUCUAACGAGACGCCUCAACUCAGGCAAAGUAGACACAGUUCACAACCUUUAUUCUUACACAGUUAACAGUUUUUCUCAUUAAUAUGUGCGAAACAGCACUAGCUCUGUUUGUCUAGUGUCUCAGCAAGCUCUGCUUUACACUUAAACAAAAAAAAAAAAAGGUCCCAAAAAUGCCUGUAGUAUAUUCCAAACUUCCCUCACAGCUGAAGAGGUCUUCAGCAGCCAAGAAAGCGGUUUUACUCCUCGUUGCUGCAUACGGAGUAAAAAGACUCUACCCGUACAUUUCUGAAAGACUUAAAGGACGGACCGAUCCUCGGAAUGGGAGACUGAACGCACAUCAGAAGAACGGGGAGCCGCUGGAGGUCACGGAGAGGCAAAAGAGGAAGAGAAACUCUCCGGCUGUAAACCGAGAAUUCCUUUUGCGCUUGAAGCGGCUCCUGAGCAUCCUUUUCCCUCGGCUUUUCUGCAAAGAGCUGGGUCUGCUGGGCUUCCACUCGAUCGCUCUCAUCUCGCGCACAUUCCUGUCUAUUUACGUCGCCAACUUGGACGGUAAAAUCGUGAAAACCAUCGUGAAGAAAGACCCCCAGGCGUUCGUGUGGGAGUUAACGAAAUGGCUCUUGAUCGCUAUCCCUGCAACGUUUGUAAACAGCACUAUCCGUUAUCUGGAAGGACAGCUAACUCUGGCGUUUCGCACCAGGCUGGUGAACCAUGCCUACGAGCUCUACUUCAGCAACCAGACCUAUUACCGUGUCAGCAACAUGGAUGGCAGGCUGGCCAACCCGGACCAGUCACUGACAGAGGACAUGGUGAUGUUUGCCGGCUCUGUUGCUCAUUUGUACUCCAACCUGACGAAGCCCUGCCUGGACGUAGUGAUGACCUGCUACACGCUGAUCAAAACGGGACAGUCUAAAGGCGCCAACACGACUUGGCCUUCGGUGAUCGCCGGCAUCGUGGUGGCGCUCACCGCCAAAAUCCUGCGGGCGUUUUCGCCGCGCUUCGGCAAGCUGGUCGCAGAGGAGGCCAAGAGGAAAGGGGACCUGAGGUACAUGCACUCGCGCAUCAUUGCCAACUCGGAGGAGAUCGCCUUCUACGGGGGUCACAAGGUGGAGAUGUCGCAGCUGCAGCGGAGCUAUGAGGCGCUGCGUUCGCAAAUCAACCUGAUCCUCUUCAAGCGGCUAUGGUACGUCAUGCUCGAACAGUUCCUCAUGAAGUACCUAUGGAGCGCCUCAGGACUCGUCAUGGUGGCCGUGCCCAUCAUCACCGCCGUGGGGUACUCCACACGUGAUUCCGCGGACGUGAAGCAGGCAGUGAUGGUGAUGAGCGAAGAAGAGAUGGUGAGCGAGCGAACAGAGGCCUUUACCACAGCCAGGAAUCUUUUAAACGCGGGAGCCGAUGCCGUGGAGCGGAUCAUGAGCUCCUACAAGGAGGUGACUGAGCUGGCAGGCUACACAGCACGUGUUUAUGAGAUGUUUGAUGUGUUUGAGGAGGUGCGUGUUGGUGUGUUUCGCCGAUCAGUCGAGGACCCUCAGGGCACAGAGAACCGUGGUGGGUCACGUGAGGUGAAACACGGUAUGAGAUUAGAGGGGCCCUUACACAUUAGAGGUCAAGUGAUUGAUGUGGAACAAGGCAUCAGGUGCGAGAACCUGCCAAUUAUAACACCCACAGGCGAUGUGGUAGCAUCAAGCCUCAACAUCAAGGUGGACGAAGGAAUGCAUCUGUUAAUCACCGGCCCGAACGGCUGCGGUAAAAGCUCUCUGUUUCGGAUUCUGAGCGGCCUGUGGCCCGUGUACAGCGGUGUCCUGUACAAACCUCCGCCACAGCACAUGUUCUACAUCCCACAGAGGCCAUAUAUGUCCGUGGGCACUCUGCGGGAUCAGGUGAUUUACCCCGACACGCAUCAGGAGAUGCAGGAGCGAGGCUUCACUGAUCAGCAGCUUGAGGGAAUCCUGCGCACCGUCAACCUCCUUUAUAUUCUCGAGAGAGAGGGAGGUUGGAAUGCAGAAAGUGACUGGAAGGAUGUUCUGUCUGGAGGAGAGAAGCAGAGAAUGGGCAUGGCCAGGAUGUUCUACCACAAGCCCAAAUACGCUCUCCUGGACGAGUGCACCAGCGCCGUUAGUAUCGACGUUGAGGGCAAAAUCUUUGAAGCCGCAAAGGAUGCCGGGAUCGCGCUUCUCUCGAUCACACACCGUCCAUCUCUGUGGAAGUACCACACCCACCUGCUGCAGUUUGAUGGCGAGGGUGGCUGGCGCUUCGAAAAGCUGGACGCGUCCACUCGGCUCUCGCUGCAGGACGAGAAGCUGCGGCUGGAGACACAGCUCUCAGGGAUCCCCAAAAUGCAGCAGCGUCUGUCUGAACUGUGCAGCAUUCUGGGUGAAAACAGCAGUCUGGUGACCCCCACGGAGAUGGAGGGGGAGCGACGGGGGGAGGAGGAGGAGAGAGAGAGGAAGCAGCAGGAGGAGAGGGAGGAGAGACACGCGCUCCCCGGUGAACAGGGACGAGGCCUUAUGGAGUGAUUUGAUGCCAGGAGACGGAGAUGAUUUCUAAGCCAGCUGUUUGUGUGAGCGUGUCUGUGCGUGUGUGUUUCUGUGUGUGAGAGUGUGUGUGUGUGUGUGUGUGUGUUUGUGUGUGUGUGUUUGUGUGUGUCUGCACGAAUGAGCGGAUUCAUGUACGUGGGUAAAGAAUCUUGGAUCAAAAUUAUUAGCUCUGAUGUGGUCUUUAGGGGCUUCCCUUAACUGUGUUUUCCACAGCAUGUGUGUCUGUAUGUAUGUAUGUAUGUGUGUGUGUGUGUGUGUGCGUGCUUUUAGGGGAAAACCAUGCGGAUGGUGCCAGUUCUUGCAGGUGCAGCAGAGGAUGAAAGCUGUUCAAUCCCAUGUUAUUACAAUUCUCUACAGAAUUUGCACAAACUCUCUGGCACCUUGAAUGUGUGUAUGAGUGUGUGAAAAAGGGUGUGUGAGAAAGAAGAGAAAGGAGGCAUUUGGGAAAGGGCUGUUCUCAGACCAGAGACUGCACUUAUGUUUUGUUGUAUUGUUCAUUUUAAUAAUACAAUGCUGAUUUAUAUAUAUAUAACAUUAGGGAUUACCACUCUGUGCUGUAGGCUUCUUUUCCUGCCUUGUUUUGUACAAAACUUAACAAAAGUUUGAUUUUAUACUCUUGUCAGAAUGAUAACCACCUUACGGUUUUGCUUAGAGUGGUUUGUGAAACUAUGAACCAGGGUUGGCCAAUUUUUUUUUUUAUUUUAGGUAGUUUCCAUCCCCAGUCAUGUAACAUGUGACUGUUAGGGAGGAGAGCAUUAACUGCUAUUAUGUCUUACACAACACCACAAUGAUCUCCAAACAGGCACAUAUGGGCGGAGCUAUAAAUGGUGCAGAUGGUUAAUUGGUCCAGCAAGUGCCAUUAAAUAUCAAACUCCCAGACAUGGAUAGCUUGUCGAAAUAUAGAGAGUGAUAGUGAUGGGAAGUUUAAAUCAUUUCCGUGACUCAGUUCUUUUAAUCUCGUUCAUCAAAAUGAACUAAUCUUUUUUGUCAUUUAAUUCAUUUCGUCAAUUCAUACACAAAUUUUGGCUAGGGUUCCAGUAAUGGAAAUAUUACAAUGCAGCUAAGGACAUAUUAUGAUAAACAGAAGGAGCCGCUCACCUCUCAUAUCUUCUGGUCCGAGUCGUUCUUUCUUUUAAAUCGUUCUAUUGCACAGCAUAACGUCUAUAAGAGUCGCGUGAAAAAGAACGGAUGACUCGGACUAGAAGAGUCAUUGAGAAGAAUCGCUCAAUUCUGUUUCCUGUGUACUGCACUGCAUUGUCUUAUGUGACUAAUGACUAAUUAAGUGAUGAUCUAAUGAACAUCCUGGCGCAGUCGUUUGACAAUCUGUGAAUUUGUGUACCCAUGACAUCAUUUCCAAAAUGCACUUAGUGACAGAACUAGCUCAUUUUAAAAAGCUUGUUUUUUUUUUUUUGUUACUAAGUAUGUUUCAACCUAUUUAGCAAUUAUAGUGAUUUAAUGAUAUCUCAUAUUAUAUAUUUAACCUGUUUUGAUUGGAUUUCUUGAACAAAUUAAGAAAAUAUCGCUGUGACAGCACAUCCACACACUGGUUUAUCCUACAGCCUAAAAUUAUUCUGUUCAUUCAGGACUAAUUAGUCCAACUAACUGCUUGUUUUUGUGAUUAACAAUCAGUCAGUGUUAUAAACCUACUGAUACUUUAAAAAAAAAAAAAACGCACAAAUACCAUGUAUAUCGUGGGAUCGAUGUUACGUUGUCAUAUUUCCCACUUCUACUAUGAAUGAUUUUGUGAACGACAAUAAGGUGUGGAGUGGUGACUCUAUAGGGGGAAAAAAACGGUUACCUUCACAGCCGGGGUAACUGCAGUUCAAUCAGCGAGAGCUGCCUGUAAGGAAGUUUCCUGUCUUUCCUUCGUUUUAUCGUUGCUGUAGCAGUCUGUAGCGAAUUGAUUUAUCCAUAACCGUAGAUGCAUUUCAGUUCUCUUUUAUCACCAGUCUCGGGACUAUGUUAGAUUUACUAGACCUUUAACUUUUUUUUAAAGGCCCUUGUUUAUUCAUAGCGCUGUAAAAACCUGAAGUCUAAUGUUUUUGCACACGUUCAAGUAAAUAGCAUAAAUGCCACCUUGAGCCGGUUAUGCUGUCUGAUAUAUCAGAAAUACUGCAGGUUAAUAUGAUCUUGUAAUAACAGAGAAUUAGAUUAUCUUUUUUUGUAGUUUAUGAAAGUGUCCUUUCCAUUUCACGUUUGAUUUUUUUUUUAAUUUUUUUUUUUUUUUAUCAAAACCUCAUAUUUUGAUGAUUUUUACUUAAUCGGUUGACUGAUGUUUGUUUGUGGCCAAAAAAAAAAAAAUACUUGCUGCUUGAAAAAAAGUUAAAAUGUGCCCAGUAUGUUUAUUAAAUUAUUAAUUAAAUAGUAAAUUAAUUUACCCUAAAAUAACAAGUCAGAUUUUGCACAGACUGCUUUUUUUUACUUAAUUUUAAUGGUUCAGAUGAAUAUUUUCAAGUAGAGCUUGUGUUAAACUUGGCUCUUUCAAAACUAAUAUUUUUUUACAAACGUUAACAUACACAUCUCAAUGCUGUCAGUGAUAAUGAUUUCAUUUGCACAUUUCCCUGCAUGACUUUAGAUUAUUUUUCUAUGUCCAUAAAAUCUAAUAAAUCACAUUGUUUAGAAAUCCA